GUUGACGCUGGCGGUCAGUCCGGUCUGGGUCGUGUUGAGGCCGCUUCGUGUCUUCGCUGUGGCGGAGACUUAAGAUGCGGAGCGGAACCGGAGCCCGUAACCCGGAUCAGUCCAGAACCAGAACCAGACUAGCGGACCCCUCCGACCCGGCACGCCUCGGCCCGCAGACAGCAUGAGCGCAGCGGCGGCGGCAGCAGCAGCAGCAGCAGCGGGAGCGGAGAACUCAAACAGCCGCUGACAGACGCAGCUAGCCGGGCAGCUAACGGCGCAAUGACCGCCGACGGAAGCGGAACGAUCCGCAGCCGCAUCAAGAACCUGCUGCGAUCCCCGUCCAUCAAACUGAGGAGGAGGAGCGCCACCGCGCGGCAAAAACACGACCUCAGCGACAAGGUGACGUUGGAGAAGGUUCUGGGGAUCACGGCUCCAGGGAACCGAGCACUGGCCUGCGACCCCCGAACUGGAUUGUUGGCUUAUCCUGCCGGGUGUGUCGUUGUCCUGUUGAAUCCUCGGAAGAACAAACAGCAUCACAUCUUUAACAGCUCCAGGAAGGCGAUCACCACGCUAGCGUUUUCUCCAGAUGGGAAAUACGUGGUCACAGGAGAGAGCGGCCACAUGCCGGCGGUUCGCGUCUGGGAGGUGUCGGAGCGUCUGCAAGUUGCUGAGUUGCAGGAACAUAAAUAUGGUGUUGCCUGUGUGGCGUUUUCUCCCAAUGGGAAGUACAUCGUCAGCGUGGGCUACCAACACGACAUGAUGGUUAACGUCUGGAACUGGAAGAAAAACGUGGUGGUCGCAGCCAAUAAGGUCUCUAGUAAGGUGACAGCCGUCUCCUUCUCAGAUGACAGCUCAUACUUCGUCACCGCCGGCAACCGCCAUGUCAAGUUCUGGUACCUGGACCACGGCAAGACCUCCAAGGUAAACGCCACUGUCCCUCUGCUGGGGCGUUCGGGGCUGCUGGGAGAGCUCCGGAAUAACUUCUUCAGUGAUGUGGCGUGUGGACGGGGUCGACAGGCCUCUUCUACUUUCUGCAUCACGUCCUCCGGUCUGCUGUGUGAGUUCAACGACCGCCGACUGCUCGACAAGUGGGUGGAGCUACGGAGAGUCGACUCCGCCUUCACGUCUCAGGCCACCUGUCUGUCCGUCACAGAUGAGUUGAUCUUCUGUGGUUGUUCUGACGGGACAGUUCGAGCUUUCAGCCCCGUCAACCUGCACUUCCUGUGCACUCUGCCCCGCCCACACUGUCUGGGGGCCGACGUUGCCAGUAUGGUGGACGCCAGUCAGCUGUUCUCCUGCAGACCGGAAGCUCGUUACCCAGACACAGUGGCGGUGACCUACGACCCCGCCAACCGCUGGCUGUCGUGCGUCUACAACGACCACAGUGUUUACGUGUGGGACGUCCGAGACCUCCGCGACCCCCGCAGGGCGGGAAAGCUGUACUCUGCCCUCUACCACUCAUCCUGUGUGUGGAGCCUGGAGGUCUACCCAGAGUGGAGAGCAGGAGGAAGAGGAGCAGGAGGAGGUGCGGUGCAUCUCCCUCCUGGAUCGUUCCUGUCCUGCUCCUCAGAUAACACCAUCCGACUGUGGAACAUCGAUGGCCACAACGUUGUCAACAGGAACAUCCUGAGCCACGACCUGCAGAAGGUUAUUUACGUGGACGACAACAUAACCAGCCUCCUGGAUACGGAGAGCGCCAACACAGAGAAGGCGGGGUCAUCGGGCUCAGAGGGGCAGCAGGCGGACCAGAGCAGGGCGGGCAUUAGGACCCUGAGAGUCAGUCCUGAUGGACAGCACCUGGCCUCUGGUGACCGCAUGGGAGUCCUCAGGAUCCAUGAGCUGGACAGUAUGGAGGAGAUCAUGAAUGUUCAGGCUCACGACUCAGAGAUCCUCUGCCUCGAGUUCUCCAAACCAGAUACUGGUCUCCAGUUAUUAGCCACGGCCAGUCGGGAUCGUCUGAUCCACGUCCUGGAUGCGGGCCGAGACUACAGUCUGGUCCAGACUCUGGAUGAACACUCGUCGUCCAUCACUGCCGUCCGAUUCGCUGCCAAUGAGGGCAAAGUGAGGAUGAUCAGCUGUGGAGCCGAUAAGAGCGUUUACUUCCGAACCGCUCAGCAGACGGAGGAAGGGUUGGUGUUCACUCGGACACACCAUGUGGUGAGGAAGACAACGCUGUAUGAUAUGGAUGUGGAACCAACCAGGAAGUACGCAGCAGUGGGCUGUCAGGACCGCAGCAUCAGGAUCUUUAACAUCAGUAAUGGGAAACAGAAGAAGUUGUAUAAAGGCUCUCAGGGUGAAGACGGGACUCUCAUUAAGGUGCAGAUCGACCCGUCAGGUCUCUAUAUCGCUGCCUCCUGUUCAGAUAAGAACAUCAGUAUAUUCGACUUCUACUCUGGAGAAUGUGUGGCCACGAUGUUCGGACACUCUGAGAUAGUAACAGGUGUGAGGUUCAGCAGUGACUGCAGACACCUGAUCACAGUGUCUGGAGACAGCUGUAUCUUCGUGUGGCGUCUCAGUCCAGAAUUGACCAUCAGGAUGAGGCAGCGACUUGCUGACCUCCAACCUCCCAGCAGCGCUCAGAACUCCCAGAAUGCACCUCAACAAAAAGUAGUAACCCUCAGCAGCAGCGAAGCCCCUCGAGUCGUCACCAUGUCGUCUGAUAGUGACAAGGAAGAGGAAGAGGAGGAGGAGGAGCUCAGCUGUCCUUAUAUGGCCACAGUAGGAAGCCUGGUGGAAGAGACAGAAUCGCCUGAAGACAAGUUCAACUCUCUGGACGGCAGCAGGAAGGCUCCUCGCCGUCGCUGGUCCAGGAGGACAGGCAGCACGGAGGACGGUGUUCUGAUGGUGAAGUCCAUGCUGGACCUGAGACUGCUGGACUCGUUCUGCCCUGACAGACAAGAGGAGGCGGAGCCAGAGGAGAUAAAGAACCGCCCCCUCGAUGUUAGUACCUCCCCUUGCAGCCCGAGGAGGAGGGGACCUGGUGUGGAGGCAGGGCUUCACAGGAUCAAUCAGGACCUGGGGAGCACCGUCAGUCUGCAGGUCACCACUGCGCUGAGGGAUGACGAGGCGAGGACCAAUCAGAGGCCAGACUUCAUACAGCUGUCCAAUCAGAGCCCAGACAGGGAGGAGCUGGUGCUGUAUCCUGACCAAUGGGAGGACAGAGUGAGCCUGGCGGGAAGUGAGUUCCAGGUGAAGGAGGCGUGUCCUGUUGCUGCAGGUGGACGUCAGGAAAAACCCAGUCCUGACAGCGGCUGCUCACUUGGAUUCAACUCCAGCCUGUCCAGUCCAGUCAAAUGUGCAAGAGACGACUCAGAGCCCACAGAGCCUCUGGAUGGAAACUGCUCUGAGCUGGAGGAAGAUGAGGACGAGGGAGGAAGAGAAGGAGGAGAGGUCAAGGCCUCUCAGGUCAUCCCUCAGACUCCAGACCAGGAAGCUUUCCUGAAGGAACACUUUGUCACACUGGCUGACCUCUCAGGUUCAGGAAGUCCAAGUAGAGCGUCUCACAGCUCCAGUGAGAGUCUCAGCAUCUCCUCCAGGUUCCUGUCCCAGAAUGCAACAGGAAGUCGGACUGUGAUUCCUCUUCCAUCUCGGUCCACCAGAGGAGGAGGAGGGGAGGUGAAGGCCCGUCCUCUGGUCUCAGAGGUCCGCCCUCUGAUGGAGCAGAACCAGAACCGGACCCAAGACAGGAGGGUGUCAUGGAACCAGGACCCAACCCAGAACCAGACCCCCUCACUUCAGGACCAGGUACAGUCCCAGAACAGGACCAACCAGGACCAAACACAGCCUCUUCAGGUUGAGAACCAAAGCCAGCAGGGUACACAUGAGCUCCAGAGACAGUUGGAGGAGGACGAGACCUCCUCAGCUCAGCAGGCCCACCAGCCCUCCCCACUGAAGAAGAAGGUCCAAACCACGGUGGAGUCCAGGAGGAACCUGGGCCCAACAGCCCGGGCUGCCGCCUCCCAUCUGAACUCUUCCUCUGGACUUCGGAAGGCUCAGUCAGUCCAGAAUCUGCUGGCCGACGCAGGUGACUCCUCUCUCUCUCAGUUGAUCUCUCGUCCGUCCAGGGAGGUUCCCCCUCAGAUGCUCCUCCCCCCGCAGCGUCCAACCACACUGCCUUCUUCCCCCAGGCGGCCACCAUCAAUAGCCCCACCCCUUCAGAGACCCAGCCCCGCCUCCCCCAGGUCCCCCCAGCAGGAGACAGCGAUUGCAGCUGCCGUCACCACCCCGAGGAAGUCGUCCUCCUCCUCCUCCUCCUCCUCCACUCCGUUGGCACCGCGCUCCUACAUGAGCCCCACCGCCAGCUCCAUGGCCAAGAUGUCGCGCUCCGUCUCCGUGGGCGACGGCCUCAACAUCUCUGAACCUGCCGAUGAUCCCUCAGUGACAUCGUCAGCGGCGGCGGUAACCUCCUCCUCUCAGGUCAAAGAGACUCCACCUCCUCUUGUUGCCGUGGUGCCCUCAAACGCAGCUCUGGCCACGCCUCUGCAUGCUGCCGUUGUCCCGGUCGUUGUCGCCUCCUCCUCUUCUUCUUCUUUGGGUAACCAUGGUAACCAGGUGGCCCCUCCCCCCCGUGGUCUCCAGGCUCGCGUCCCCGGAAGCAGCAGGCCGCUCCCCGACAAGCCCUCCCUCGCCUCCUUCUCGCCAGCACCCUCCUCCUCGUCUUCCUCACCGCGGCCUCCCCCGGUCUCCAUCUCCCCGCUGACUCCCCCUCGCCAGGAGGAGGAGCCUCAGACCGCGGAGCAGAGAGACAACGCAGGUUUGGACUCUCCUCCUCUUCAUCCUCUUCAUCUUCUUCAUCCCUUCAUCCUGUCAUCUCUCCGUCGGGGCUCCGCCUCUCACUCUGUCCUGACGGACCAGCCAAUCAGCGUGGAGACAUGCAGAGCUCUGACCAAUGAGCUGCAGAGCUGUUUCAAGAGAGCAACACACCUGUACAGGAAGGUGAGUGGCUCAUCCACCGAUGACUCCGCCCCCGACCAGCGUCAGAUGGCCGUUGUCCUAUCAGAGGCCUUCAGGGCCAUGAGGGCGGAGCUCGACUGCCUGCCGCUCGGAGUGCCGAGCAUGCUGGGAGUGGAGCAGGGGUUGGGGGAGUGGGGGGAGGUGAAGACGGCGGCGCUGCUGGAGGAGUACUCUUUGCUCCUCCUGCAGGCGGUUCACAGGAGGAUCAAUAUAGACAACGCAGAGUAGACGCUACAACAAUCCUCCUCUUCCUCAGCUCCUCCUCAGCUCCUCCUCCUCGGCUCUUCCUCCUUGGCUCUUCCUCCUCUCCUCCUCCUCCUCGGCUCUUCCUCCUUGGCUCUUCCUCCUCUCCUCCUCCUCCUCCUCAGAUGAAGGACCUGAAGCCAUUUUGAUUUAGAUUCUUUUAUUAUUUUUUAUGCAAGGAUCUUAAACAACUCUUUUUACGGAGUUGUUUUUUAAAGAUGUUUUUCUUACAGUUUUUUCAUUCCCUGAAGUUGUCGGAUCGUUUGGAUUAUUGAUCUUUGAUUAUUGAUCUUUGAUUAUUGUUGUUAACAUUAGACUGUAGAGACUUCACCAACAGCAAUAUGAGAUGUUUGAUGUACAUUUUCUUUCCUGAGUUCACUUGAAUCUGAAAGGUCACGGUGAGUUUGAGUGUUUGUAUUUAUUGUCCGACUACUGAGCGACUGUCUACAUGCCGACCUCCAUGUUUUUCUAAAAUCAUGGAUUUGAAGUCUUAAUGUACAUUUUUAGAAUUGUCAUUAGAGAAACACUUCUAGGGGGUUGUUGGGUAGAAAUCUGAUUGUUUCUAACAGUUUGUUGUAACACCCACUUUCUCACAAACAAUUGGCUCAAAGUUCACUUUCGAAUCUUUUCAUAUUUUUGCUCAAAUUAAUAAAAAUUUUAGACUGAUUUUGAGUUCGGAGGUUUUUACGAGAACUUUGUCUUCCAGACUCAGAAACUGUUUGAUGAAUUUUCUUUUCCAGCUUUGAAAAAUAAAAUAAAUCACUGACAUGAACAAA